AUGCAGCCGCUGCGGGCGUGGCUCACUCGGAACGCUGCUUUCUGCGACGACAGACUCGCACUCGAGCGCGACUCGCACGGCCACGCUCGCGUCGUCGCCCUCGCCUCCAUCCCGAUCACAACAACAGUCGGUCGCAUCCCCAAGUCGCUGGUCCUCUCGCAUCGCACCUCGUCGCUCCUGCUCGACGACUCUGCUCACUCGACCCUCGACUCGCUCCCUCCCGCUCUCCGCCUCGCCGUACACGUCGCUCACGAGCUUCGACUCGGCCCACAUUCUCGCUGGCAUGUCUACCUCGCAAGCUGCCCCACCGAAGAGGUGCCGGUCGCACUGCUGUGGGACGACGGCGAAGCGUCGACCUGGCUUGAGGGAACGCAAGUCGAGUGCGAGGCGCGCAGGUUAGGCAUGAACAGGAGCCGUCUUCGCGAUUUCUACACAUCGACAGCGCUCCCUCUCUUCACUCAGCUCGCCAACUCGGCCACUCCCUCGUUUGAGACCUUCGCCCGAGCAUACUCUCUCGUCUCGUCUCGUGCGUUCCAGGUCGACGCGUAUCACUCGCUCGCCCUCGUCCCUCUCGCCGACAUCUUCAACCACUCCGACCCGCCGCACGUCCACUUCGCGAGCGAAACAUGGGUCUGCCCGGAGUGCGGCAAACUCGAAAGAUGCGAGCAUGACGAGGAGGGCGAUGUCACCUAUCAAGCGAAGGCUACGGUCGUGACGGAGGACGAUACCUGCGACAUGGUCGUUGAGCGGGCUAUCGAAGCGGGCGAGGAAGUGUUCAACACGUACGGCCAGCUCUCAAACGCCAAGCUUCUCGCGUCGUACGGCUUCUUGCUCGAGGCGAACGAGCAUGACAUAAUCGAGUUCGACCUCGACGAGGCGGUCAACUUGUACUUGCCGUACGCCACUCGUCGUGAGGUUUUCAUCCAGCGUUUCGAAACCUUCAAAACCUUCGAUCAUGUCUCCUCUAUCAACGACGACCACCCGCUCCUCCAUCCGUCCGACCCCGCCAGAAUCUCCAUCGACGCCGACGGUCGCCUAUCGACAGGCUUGUGGCUCUUAGCGCUAGCCGCUGCCAAUGACAUGGCAGGCGCGGAGACCCACCAGGAAGUUGUGGCGAGGCUAGCGGAAGCAGUCGGGCUGAUGGCGAGUGAGCAAGAGGUUGAGGUUGAGGAUGGAGCGGGAGCGGCAACUCGCUUCAUUCCGGCGGCGGAAGACGUCGCGACGAUUUCACUCGUCAGCCAAAUGGUUCUGCAACUGUGUCGGUCGUACAGGUCGAGGCAGCACAAGGCGGACCUAGGCGGGGCAGAUUUGCUGGAUCUUGCAGAGGACACCGAGGAUGCGAAGGUUCAGCUUGCGCUGGAAUAUCUCGCUGGCGAGCGUCUCAUCCUAGAGCGGGUAGAACAGCAAUGGACAGAUUUUCUCUGA